GCAAUUACAGGAGUCCUUGGCUUGUCGGCCUGCUGUAGGUUACUGAUCCUGUGAGGGGACACCGACAAGAUGCAGAGCUGGACUCAGUUAUAUCGCUCUCUGGCCACGCGGAGCCACCACCUGCCCUGCAAACUGCACGGAGCUACAGCUGUGUCGGCCCGAACCUACGCUGACAAAGCAGCAAUCGAUGCUGACGUCACAGUGGUGGGCUCCGGUCCAGGCGGCUACGUCGCUGCCAUCAAAGCCGCACAGCUCGGCUUCAAGACAGUGUGUGUUGAGAAAAAUGUCACGCUGGGUGGAACCUGUCUGAAUGUCGGCUGCAUCCCCUCAAAGGCUCUGCUGAACAACUCCUACUUGUACCACAUGGCUCACGGCAAGGACUUUGAAAGCAGAGGCAUUGAAAUUUCAGGCAUCUCGUUGAACCUGGAGAAGAUGAUGGCUCAGAAGAGCGGGGCGGUCAAAGCUCUGACCGGAGGAAUCGCACAUCUAUUCAAACAGAACAAAGUGACCCAUGUCAAUGGUUUCGGGAGGGUGACGGGUAAGAACCAGGUGACGGCCACAGUAGCAGACGGCAGCGAGCAGGUCAUCAACACUAAGAACAUCCUCAUCGCCACCGGCUCCGAGGUCACACCCUUCCCCGGGAUCCAGAUCGAUGAGGACACCAUCGUGUCGUCGACGGGAGCGCUGUCCCUGAAGAAAGUGCCAGAGGAGCUGAUUGUGAUCGGAGCCGGAGUCAUCGGAGUGGAGCUGGGGUCAGUGUGGCAGCGUCUGGGCUCUAAGGUCACAGCGGUGGAGUUCCUGGGCCACGUGGGCGGCAUGGGCAUCGACAUGGAGAUCUCCAAGAACUUCCAGCGCAUCCUGCAGAAGCAGGGCGUCAAGUUCAAGCUCAGCACCAAAGUCAUGGGAGCCACCAAACGGCCCGACGGCAAGAUCGACGUGGCAGUCGAGGCGGCGGCCGGAGGGAAGAACGAGACGCUGACGUGCGACGUGCUGCUCGUCUGUAUCGGCAGACGACCUUUCACCCAGAACCUCGGUCUGGAUUCCGUCGGCAUCGAGCUGGACAACAGGGGCCGCGUUCCCGUCAACAACCGCUUCCAGACCAAAGUGCCCAGUAUUUAUGCGAUCGGUGACGUGGUCGCCGGGCCGAUGUUGGCCCACAAGGCCGAGGACGAGGGCAUCAUCUGUGUGGAGGGCAUGGCCGGCGGCGCCGUGCACAUCGACUACAACUGCGUUCCCUCCGUCAUCUACACGCACCCCGAGGUGGCCUGGGUGGGCAAGACGGAGGAGCAGGUCAAAGAGGAGGGCGUCCCGUACAGAGUCGGCAAGUUCCCCUUCGCCGCCAACAGCCGAGCCAAGACCAACGCCGACACCGACGGCAUGGUGAAGAUCCUGAGCCACAAGGAGACGGACAGGAUGCUGGGAGCGCACAUCCUCGGAUCUGGAGCCGGAGAGAUGAUCAAUGAAGCUGCUUUGGCCAUGGAGUACGGAGCUUCCUGCGAGGACGUCGCCAGAGUCUGCCACGCCCAUCCUACGGUGUCGGAGGCCUUCAGAGAAGCGAACCUGGCCGCCUCCUUCGGCAAAGCCAUCAACUUCUGAUCCUCCAGCCGCUGUCGCACCUUCAGUGUACAUAACAGAGGAGAAACAGGAAGCCGUGUGUCUGCGUCCCAACCUCCAGCCGACCCUCUGUACAUCAGCACUGUACCACAUCUAGUUCUAAUGUUAUUUAAAUGUUGCAGUAAAAUAAAUGAAGGGGGUUUGGGCGGUAAAUAAACACUGACUGCAGAUCAGUCUUUUUUGAGUUUAAAGAUCCCACAUGAACAUAUGACGCACUUAUUUACAGAACAUAGAGAUAUACUUAUUAUCUUGGCUGCGGUUUCUCUUGUAAAGGAAGAAAGGAGUGUUUUUUGUUUUUCAGUUUUUUUACAGUGUAAAAUGAUGAAACACGACAAACCUGACGGGUAAUCAGAGCGGGAAACUGUCGCUGCUCCACGAUCCACACAUUCAACUUUUCAGAUUGAUCUUGUUUUAUUUUGUUUAACCAGGUGGGAAACCUGGACGAGACGGCGGCGAUACAAAAACAAAAUAGAUCAUUUGUGCAGGGAAAGUUUAAAACGUCUUCUCACGAGCUUCAGGCACAUCUCACUGUCUUAAAGUUAAAAUCACUUUUGAUUUUAAAUCAAAGUAUGAAAUCCUCUAAUUUAAGGGAAAAUAACUUAAUUUAAGGAAUAAAAUUAAAAGCAUAAACAUGAGCUUCCUGGUCCUCUUCCUCUCACCACAGAACAAACUAAAAAAAACAGCAUUUACCUUUUUAUAACUUAAAUCCAACACUUACUGUGACGACACUGAUUUGGUCUGAAACCGAAGCUCAGCAGCAGAUUUCUGAUUUUAACUUUUUAAAAUCGGUAUGAAUUCAUUUUGUGGCGACGAGCUGUGAAAGCUGGGAAACUGUUUCCUGCUCUGAUUACUUCACUGUGAUUGGCUCUGGCCUGCUGUUGCUUAUCUCACUAUUUAAACCAAUAAAUGCAGAAUCCAUUAAAUAAAACUUCAGUGUUUGACUUUA